UUGUUUCAUGUUGAAGAACUGGCCCACGGCAGCGAGCCUAUUGUGCUCUUUGAAUAUGCGUGUUUGUGUAUUUGGUUUGAAAACGCGCGCAGUAAAACCUCAUAAGUGACAUGGGAACGAACUGUAGAAGGAUUAACCUACUGUGGUUUCAACCGAAAAAUAACCCCUUUCUGGCGCGUUAAGGGCCACCUUCCUUUGCUUCUUUUCUUAGGCGGCCUGUUUCCUCAUGUUAAGAGCUCUCUGCGGAGAGGCAACAUGGCGCACGGUGUCUGGUUUAAUCGGAGAGGCCGUAUGCGCACUGCAAUCGUUCUGCUGUCGAUCUCACUGAAACGCCGGCCUGCAGUAGUCAGUCAUACAGAAUCUGUUUGGGGAAAAGGCGUAGAAAUGGGUCUGAAUUUUGAAACAGGUCAUACAUUCGUUUGUGAUUGCUAUUUCAUGAAGCUUUUAUUUAAAGCCAGCGACUGCCAGAAACUUCACCUGGACGUGCAUGCUUUCGCGCAUGCAAAUACAUGUGUGCGUGCGUGCCUAUAAGUGUGCGCGCGUGCAUAUGAGUGUUAGCAGGGUGAGUGUCACGGCCCUCUGCAGACGGGGGGUUGGGUAGCAGUGCCGAUUGGUUGCUGCUCACCAACACAGUCAGUCUGGGCUUGUUUUAACAUAACCGGGGGCACUUCGACAGCAGGCAAAAAGCAUGUAGUAAAUAAGCCGCUGUGGAUAUAGGGGACCGGCGAUGGCACACUGAAUUUCGCCACUGUAUGAUGUUGCAGCGUACCGGAGGUUUACUUGUUAUUUUGUAUCUAAGGUGACAAUUUUUUAGGGGGCCGCAGCUGAUGAGGCGAUGAAGUGCAGAGAAUGAGAGCUGUGCCUGGGCCUACUACUAGUGCCUCUGCAGCUGGGAUUGUGCAGAUCCGCUCUGAGAAAAAACCGAGAAAAAAACUCGCUUUGUGCCACAUUUUCACACAGCCGCUGUUGGUUUCACGGUGACCGACCUCCAAAUGGAUACAGCCGUGACAACAUGAAUCAGUCGUACAGACCGGCUGUUAGGGUAGGUUCAGUGUUUGGCUCAGGCCAGCCUGAGCUAAGGCCCCACAACGGUCUUGGGAGCACUUCCUUCGGAAACCAGUGUGGCAUCGUGAGGCGAGGGUCAGACCAGCCCUUAGCUUUACAACCCCCGUCCUCCAGCCUCAAACAGCCAGCUGUACAUGGAUACAACCAGCUGGACCGAACCCACUGCUACAGCCCGCUGAGAAGGCUGCAGGAUCUGAACAAUGUGGUCAGCAGGUCCAAUUCAGCGAGGGACCUCCAUCCCAACAACCACUUCCACUGUGCAAGCCCCAUCAGUGAUGAUGAUGAGUUUGAGGCACCGCCAGUCCAGCUGCCUCUCUCUCCAGGAGAUGACGACAUGGAGUCUUUGGAGGCGCUUCAGGACGUGAGCAGAAAUGGCUUCUCCUCUCACAGUCCUGACAGCUUUGAUCGCUGUUCUCCCAUCCCCAAUGGCUACCUGCAUUUUGGGUCCACGCUGUUUGACAGCAGUGACAUUAAGGAUGAGGAUGAGGAGGGGGAGCACAGUAGCAGCGAUGAGCUGACACCUUUUCACCACUCCCCAAAGUCGAGUCAGGACCGAACUGUUUCUGAUUGCAGAACUACAUGCAACUCAGGGGGGGAUAAAAGAACGUACAAACCUACUGUGUUCAAUCUGAUGUCCAAAACUAUAUCUGAACUCAACCCUACACUAAGCCCCAGUGCACUGCCCGGCAUCACUAUGAAAGAUGGGUGGAGUCUGGGUGAGGGAUCAGACAGUGAUGGGGAAGGUACUUCACUGGUUGACCCUGGGCUUAUUUCACCAGCCAGCACCAACUCUAAUUCCAACAGCCCAAAGAAAAAGCUUCUUCCUGCUGUGAAAUACUUAGAGGGGGACCUGGUGUGGGCUAAAUUCAACAGACGGCCCUGGUGGCCCUGCCAUAUUGCAUGUGACCAGGAGCAGGGGACCUACACUAAGAUGAAAGUUCCCAGUCCUCGUCCUUGUCGGAUGUAUUUUCUGGAGACGGUAGGGGAGGUUUCAGAAAGGGCCUGGGUCCCAGGGACUGCCGUUCUUCCUUUUGAAGGAGGCCAUCAGUUUGAAGAGCUUCCUGUGCUCAGACGGAGAGGAAAGCAGAAAGAGAAAGACUACAAAUAUUCGAUACCCAAAAGUUUACUGACAGCGUGGAAAGUUAGUGUGGCAGAAGCUGAGUAUCUACUCCCAAACCGACAAAGGAAUAAUAAAAGUGCUCCUUCAAUGUCUGUCAAUGGAGAGGAGCGGGUGCCCAGCCCAGUCCCUACUGAAAAGCCACAAGAGUCUCCUUCUGUCUCUGUGGAUCCAAAUCAAACUCCAUUACUCAUGAAGUGCCCCAACAAAAAUGAGCUUCAUCUCAUCAAAAACUCUGUCACAACUGAAUCCAACAAGAGCAAAGCCUGUAAGAAGAAAAAGAAAUGUUUAUCAGACAUAUUUGGCCAUAUAGUUGGAGGAUCAAAAGAGGGCUCUACCAUUACAAACAUUACUGAUCAGUUUCAUACGACAGCUCGGGCACUGAAAGAAGAGCCAAAGGACUCACCGUAUGCAGACCUGGAUUCAGUUCCCAUGCUGCAUCGUCCUAAACGAACAGCUUUGUCUCCAACACAGGAUGUAGACAGAGUGGUCCUUCCAAAACAGGGUUCAACAAAAGCUAAAACAAAGUUGACUGAAAAAGCAAACAGCAUCACUGAGUCGUGUGAUUCCUCUUGUAUUUUAACAAAUAAAAAAACAUGUAAAGAUACAAACUCUAAACAGAGUUUUGGCAGCUCUAAUGAAUUGUCGAACAGUUCAAAUAAAAAGCACUCUAUGACUCUUCUCGCCAGCAGUCGUCUGAUCACGAGGGCUCUGAGAGCAGAGGAAGAGACGGAUACUAAAGAUGCACUGGCAAUGAGCCAAAACUCAACAGAUGCCCACACUGAUGAUUGUCCUGAUAAUGCACCUACUAAUACACCCAUCAAAUCUGAAAUGUCUCCUCACCGGGAGUCCCCUGGCAAUGCAUCAUGUUCCUCAAACUCCAGCCCUCCAAGGCGGCGUGCAAGGAAGCCCGAUAAGAAGCGUAUUCACAACGGCUCAUUGUUAAAGUCUAAGAAUUUAGGCUCAAGUUUACCCUGUGUGUCCCCUGUCAAGAUUAAGGUAGAAAACUCAGAUCCACCUUCUGCUUCUCCACCCUCUUCUCUGUCUCCGAUGGAGGCUUUCCAGGAUCCCAAGGAAGUAAAGUUUAAAUCUCUGGUGAAGGAGGACAGCAUUGACUCUGAGUCAUUUCAACCUGACACCAAUUAUAAAUUCAGUACUUUCCUCAUGCUUCUAAAAGACAUGCAUGAUACCAGAGAAAAAGAAGGUAAACCCCUCAUUCUCCCACCAUCCCCAGUCUUGAUCAGAGAGGAACCUCUGGUCAUCCCUACAGGAGGAGACUCACUGAAGGGCUCUCAGGAUGGUUGUACUCCAAGGAUCAAAACUGAGAGCCGGCAGUCCAAACCAACAGCACCCCAAAACAAAGCUGUGAAGACCAAGAGUAGGACUAAAGCUAUCAUGACAGCUGACACCUACCACUUUGAAGACUUUCCUAUGCACUCAAAGACUGGGGCUUCGGACAAGCAGCGUAGAAAACAGAAACUUCCUGCCAAACUUAAACUCGGUAUACUGGACCUUUCUACGGACCUGGCUGAUUUAGCUUAUGGCAGGGAGUUUGUUGGUGGCCACUCUGACUUAGCUGAUCCUGGGUCUGCCGUGCCCUUGGACAGCUACCUCCAGAAGAACUCAAGACCCGUAGUGGCUCCAAAGAAACGCUGGCAGCUGCGGGAUGAGGCUGCUGAGUAUCAGGGUCAAGGUUUGACUAAGGCUUCAACUGAGAUUAAUGGCUCUUACCCUGUGAGGGAAUCACCAGAUUUCGAUCGAGGGGUUGAGAGGAAGGCAGAAAAUCGCUCCCACUUCUCAAAGACGAGCAGCACGGCGGCGGAGAAAAAACGCCUCCGGAAGCCAACGAAAAGGCUCCUUGAGUCAACUGAGGACUAUGAACAAAUAUUUACUGCAAAAAAGAAAUCAAUGAAGCACACCUCAGAAUCUUCUAGAUUGAAUAUCCCAGGGAUAGCCACACUCCAUGAUGUCAGCGCCACAGCAGGAAUAAAUACCUCAGCCUCAACCUCAUCCCCGUCUUCUGCUGAGCCCGCCGAGGCUCCAUCAGAGCCGGAACAGAGCCCAUCUCAUGAUGGGCUUGCUCCCGUAGCAUCCUCAGCUUCUCCAGCCGCAACACAACCCUUGCUUGUCACUGAGGCAGCAGAAGAAAGUGAUCUACCUCCUGAAUCUGACACAGGGUCAGUUCCACAAGAAAGAAAAAGGCCCAGGAAGCUGUCGCACAGGGUGCUGGAGUGUACCAUAGAGGAAGUAUCUGUCAGUCCUACAAAGAGGAAGGAGCCAAAGCGAAACAGUGCAGUUACUGCAGAGGUGAAGGUGUCAGUCAAGAAAACUCAGGUUGGAUUUUCAAAGAAAGUGAAACCAGUACCCAGCACAUCCUCAUCCCCCACUGCUGCUGCUGCUGCCUGCCAGAACUCGGAAGUCAAAGAUCGCCCUGGGGUCCUCACUCCAAACAGACCUCCUAGCCCCCGAGGAUUGAAGACUCCCAAGCAGGAGGUGGAGAUGGAGGCCUGUAGCACUGAUGAGAAACAAAAUGCACACACUGGAACACUAACACCAAAAACUGAGGUGCUAUCUGUUAGUGUGAAUGACAGCUUCUCUUCCCAAGUGGAUGUGAAAGGGAAAAUAGGUGCUACAAGCUUGAAGGAGAAUGUCUGUCAGGUGUGUGAAAGGGCAGGAGACCUGCUGCUGUGUGAGGGACACUGCUACGGAGCCUUUCACCCGCAGUGUAUCGGCCUAUCAGCUGCUCCAAAGGGAAAAUUCUUCUGUCCUGAAUGCAACACUGGUGCACACUCAUGCUUUGUGUGUAAGGAGUCUGGUAAUGAGGUUAAGCGCUGCAUCAUACCACUGUGCGGGAAGUUCUAUCAUGCUGACUGUAUACUGGCGUACUCGGCUACGCAGCCUCAUAACAAAGGCUUCCGCUGCCCCCUGCACGUGUGUCUGUCCUGCCACAUCACAAACCCUCUCAAUGCCUGCAGCUCCAAAGGUCGGUUGGCUCGAUGUGUUCGCUGCCCCGUCGCCUAUCAUGCAAACGAUAACUGCAUGGCAGCAGGCAGCUUGGUGCUAGCCAAUAACAACUUCCUCUGUCCAAACCACUUCACGCCACGGAAAGGCUGCAAGAACCACGAACACAUCAACGUCAGCUGGUGCUUUGUCUGCUCUGAAGGGGGCAGUCUACUGUGCUGUGAAUCCUGUCCUGCUGCUUUCCAUCAGGAGUGUUUGAACAUUGAGAUGCCUCAGGGCAGCUGGUUCUGCAAUGACUGCAAAGCAGUAAAAAGGCCUCAUAUUAAGGACAUACUUUGGGUCAAAUGGGGACGUUACAGGUGGUGGCCCGCCGAAGUCUGUCUGGCCAAAGACAUCCCAAAUAACAUCUUGAGGAUGAAACACGACGUGGGCGAGUUUCCAGUGAAUUUUUUUGGCUCCAAAGAUUUUGUGUGGACGUACCAGGCCAGAGUGUUCCCCUACAUGGAGGGUGACACGCACAACAUAGAGAAGAUGGGGAAGGGUGCUGAUGCAGUGUACAAAAAGGCCCUGACAGAAGCAGCCGAGCGGUUCAAAGAGCUUCAGGCAGAAAAAGAGAUGAGGCAGCUUCAGGAGAACAGAAAGAACGACAAGAAACCUCCUCCAUACAAACACAUUAAGGUGAACCGGCUGAUAGGAAAGGUGCAGGUCAUAACUGCUGACCUAUCUGAGAUCCCACGCUGUAACUGUAAAGCAUCCGACGAGAACCCAUGUAGCAUCGACUCUGAGUGCAUAAACCGCAUGCUGAUGUACGAGUGCCACCCUCAGGUGUGCUCGGCAGGGGAGCGCUGUCAGAACCAGGCCUUCACGAAGCGACAGUACACCCUUGUGGAGACUUUCAGGACGCUGUCAUGUGGCUGGGGUUUACGUGCUGUGUCAGAUAUAAAGAAGGGAGCCUUUGUGAGUGAAUAUGUUGGAGAGGUGAUCGAUGAAGAAGAAUGUCGAGCUCGGAUCAAACACGCCCAGGAGAACGACAUCUGUAACUUCUACAUGCUCACACUGGACAAGGACCGGAUCAUUGAUGCCGGGCCCAAGGGGAACCUGGCUCGCUUCAUGAACCACAGCUGUCAGCCAAACUGUGAGACUCAGAAGUGGACUGUGAACGGGGACACCAGGGUGGGGCUUUUUGCUCUACAAGACAUCCCAAAAGAUGUGGAGCUGAAGUUCAACUACAACCUGGAGUGUCUCGGAAAUGGCAAAACUGCCUGUAAAUGUGGAGCACCGAACUGCAGCGGUUUCCUGGGUGUACGGCCAAAAAACCAGCCAUCAGCUGAGAAACAGAAGGAAGGGAGGAGAAGAGUUUCCAUGAAGAAGAAGACAAAGCAGGAAGUGACAAAGGAGAGGGAGGAUGAGUGCUUCAGCUGUGGAGACGGAGGCCAGAUAGUUUCCUGUAAGAAGCCGGGCUGUCCCAAGGUCUAUCACGCUGACUGUCUCAACCUGGCCAAGAGGCCUGCAGGGCGGUGGGAGUGUCCAUGGCACCAGUGUGACAUUUGUGGAAAAGAGGCAGCGUCAUUCUGUGAGAUGUGUCCCAGCUCAUACUGUAAAGAGCAUCGAGAAGGAACGCUCUUCAUCUCCAAACUUGACGGCAAGCUGUCCUGCAGCGAGCAUGACCCCUGUGGGCCUGACCCACUAGAGCCGGGGGAGAUCCGUGAAUAUGUUCCCGACAUGACCUCCAUGAGGCCCAGGACUGAAGCUACGCCUGUCUCUCUCUCAUUGGUCUCCAGCUCCAGAAGAGAUGGUUCUUCCCCAAUCACCUCGUCUGAUGGUCAGGCUGCUGCCCCCAAGUCGGGUCCUCCUCCUCGUCUUUACAUCAACACAAAGACUUCUACCUCCAGCUUCAUCCCCUCAAAGAGGAGUCUGCUCGGAGACAGGUCUGAGGACGAAGAGUUCUCCACUCACAUGUCCCCUAAAGACGAACGAGAGGAAGGCGAGGUUGAAGAGGGAGAGGUGUGUGGGUUGGAGGUUGAAGAUGAUGAGGAUGAUGAGGAUGAUGAUGAUGAUGAAGAGGAGGAGGAUGAUGAAGACGAUGAAGAAGCAGAGGAGGAAGAGGAUGAAGUGGAGAUUGUGGAGGAUGAGGACGAGCAGCUGUAUGACGGCGACCAGUUGGAGGAACAUGAUGAGGACGAAGGAGGGGAUGUGUAUGACACUUGGGCUGAUUAUGUGGAUGAAGACGGUGAUGAUGGAGAGGUGGAGGGGGAUGACUCAGAGGAGUGGGGGAGAGUGGAGGAUGAUGACAAGUGACUCACACCUUCAUAACCUAAAAAAAACAAACUCUCAAAUGAGUAAAAGAGAGUGAUAGACUGAAAGAGUUUGAUAUUUUGGUACCUACUUGAAUGCAUCACUGCCUUCACUUUGGUACUUUGUUGCCUUCUCGUCCCCAGACCGCUGGACUCUUUGUGGGGAGGUGUACUGGUGCUAGGGCUCGAGGACUGUCUCAGUCCCCUCUUUAUACUUCUGUUUAUAUGUUAAUUUGUGUCUGGUGCUGUUAUGUUCUUCUGUUUGUUCUCUCUACAUUGUUUACAUUUUUGGUCUUUUUUAAUGUUUGGAAUAUAAGGAAAAGGUGAGAAGCUCCACCUGACCAAACUGUCACUGUAACACCAUUUUACAUUGUUACUGUCUUAACUUUUCUAACAACAAGAGUGAUCAAUAGUGUUCUCACUGGUCUGUGUUACAGUUAAGCACAACAUUACAUGCUGUGUGCUUUUUGAGGAAUGCAAAAAUAAAACCCACUGGAGUCAUCAAGACUUACUCACUAAAGAAAA